GCCUACGUAGCGGAUGUUAUUUUCUGUUGCAGCCACGCCGACCGGUCUGGGCAUUUGAAAAAAUGUAUAAUUAAAAAGGAGCCAACCAAUCACAAUUUUAAACAUUAUAUUGACUUAAAAAUCCUAUAAUAAUAGCCUAAACGUUGUGUCUAAUGUUAAAGUGCUUCAAAUAGCGGAGGCAGAAACAGGAAGUAGGUACAUGUCAACAACUGAAAACAUGGAGACGCCGGAGCUGAGUUUUACUCUCGCAUACUGGGUCUUUUGCUUCUGCUUUGUCUUCACGCCGAACGAGUUCCGCUCGGCCGGCCUGACCGUCCAGAACCUCUUCUCUUCAAGGCUGGGCAGUGAGGACAUGGGCUUCGUGCAGUACCACAUUCGCAGGAGCAGCAUCACCCUGUUGCUACACUCCGGACUGCCCCUGGGUUACUACCUGGGCAUGUGUUUGGCUGCUCCAGAACAGCACAUGGAACACUUUAAGGAGGUGAGUGAGGGUUGGCAGCUGUACCUCCUGGUGGCGCUCUCUGUACAUGUGGGAGCCUGGUCUCUGGUGCUGUACUGGUCCAUGUGGAAGUGGGAGAAUCACCCCAUCAGCCGCAUGUUGCAGGCCCAUGCACGCCUCCCUCACACGAGCUGGGGCUCCCUGGCUGCCAGCCUCAACACCGAGUUCCGCCGAGUGGACAAAUUCACAGCUGGAGUCCACGGCGCACGUGUCAUUGUCACAGACAGCUGGGUGUUGAAAGUGAGCACUUACGGCGUGUCCAUGGCUCUGCAGAGCCAGUGCCAGAUGAGCGUGGUGCACUCCCGUCAGCACCACAUGUCUCCAGACUCGUCCUCCCCCACACAGAUCCUCACUCUGAGGGUGGACAGCACCAACCGCGCUGUGCGCCCUUUUCACAUCAGGUUGAACUCCACUGAAUACUCAGAGCUGCGUGACAAACUUCAUGCCCCUAUCAGAAAUCUAGCCAAUGUAGUCAUCUACCAAAGUGUCAGCGAGCUCUUUUUGGACACAUUCAGAGCUCAGGUGCAGGACAACCCAUCGUAUAGCCUGCCCAGCGCACAGGAGCUGGAGCCAUGUAUAGGCUGCAUGCAGGUCCCAGCCAACAUCAAACUGGUGCAACUUUGUCAAUCUCAAGGCUCAGACAGUGAUGGGGACUGCCAACGCUGCCUGUGUCGGCCCAUGUGGUGUGUGUCGUGUAUGGGUCGAUGGUUUGCUAGUCGUCAGGACCAGCAGAGACCAGAGACGUGGCUAAGCAGCAGAGUGCCCUGUCCCACAUGUAGAGCCCGCUUCUGUAUCCUGGAUGUUUGUGUGGUGUCAUCUUAAACCAGUGCGUUUUCUGCUUUAAUGAAAAGUCACUGCUGCAGUCAUGGCUAGAGCAUUACUUCAGAGUUUAUUUCUUUACAUCUAAUUGAUACUUUGCAACUGCUUCCUUGGGGUUGUGAUGCUUGUCUGUAAUAGCUUCAGACAGCCAUAAUUUUUUCAGUUAGUCACGCUCAGCUUUUGUUGAAAAUCAAACAUCUGACCUUGAACAUUUAUACUGAGGUGUCUUGAAAAUCUGUUUUAAAUCUAUUUUGUAUUUUUUCUUGCGUUUUCAAACUACAUUUUAUGGCUGUUUUUGCUAAUGUGUGCAUUGUGUCACCAUGGUGACUCAUCAUAUACAUACAUAUACAUCUCCAAAGCAUUAUGUCACUGCAAAGUAUCAAUUGUGUAAAAAGCAACGUUUGCACACGUGCCUCAUAGGAUUACAAAAAAAACCAUAUAAUGAUAAAGAGAAACUUUUUCUUCCCGGAAUCUGCCCAUUGUAGCUAUAUACUUUUUGGGUUGUCUAAAGGAUGGUAAAUCAGAUGCUUAUCAGUACUAAAGUAUCAAAAGUAGUCAUUUGUUUGAAAAUAGUACAAUUUAAUGUUGAAAGUUACAAAAUAAAAACUGGGACUAAGUUGUGAGCCAAACUAAAAAAAAAAAAAACUUCAACAUUUUCAUGUUUUCUCUUCUUUUGCGAUAGGUGAUGUUAAACGUUGUUUUAUUAAAAUAAAUGUUUAAUAGUAGUUUUGCUUAAACAUUGAAUCCAGAACAAGCAUAAUAUUAAAUAAUAACAAAAUUUUAAAUAAAUAAUGUCUCUGUAGCCUAUCUGUAGCCAGCGGGCAGCUCUAAUACAUAUUUGAUAUGAUCUCGUGGGCCAAAUUAUAUCGCAGGCCAAAUUUGGCCCCUGGGCCUGAGUCUGACAUGUCUGGUCUAUAGAAAGAGCGUUUUUAAUUAUCCUUAUGGUAUUGGAAUCAGAAGUGAGUCUAUUCCUUUGUAUGGAGUGUUGAUUUAUAUGUAUAAUAAUUUGUUUUGAAUUUGUAUGACUUCAGAAAGAAAGGAACAGACCAAGAGUGCCUUGUGUGGUAGAAGCUUGUCUGCCAGCUGUGGUUUGUCCCAGGGGGCUGUGGCCUUAUACAGACGUGAACAAAAUUGUUGGUUCCCUCUGGCAAUGAAAGAAUGAAUCUAAGAAAAGCAAUAAUAAAUAACAUUUGACUGAAAAUUGUCCAACAAAAAUCAAACAUUGUUUUUCACCUGUGGCUAAACAGAAUUAAAUUAAAUUAAAACUAAAUAAUGAAACUGGCUGGACAAAAAUGAUGGUACCCUUAACAUAAUAUUUUGUUGCACAUCCUUUUGAGGCAAACUCUGCAAGCAGACGAUUUCUGUAACUGUCAAUGAGACUUCUGCUCUGGUCAACUGGUAUUUUGAGCCACUUCUGAGCAAACUGCUCUAGUUGUCUCAGGUUUGAAGGGUUCCUUCUCCAGACAGCAUGUUUCAGCUCAUUUUACAGAUGUUCAGUAGGAUUGAGAUCUGGGCUCACAGAAGAACACUCCAGAACAGUCCAGUGUUUUCUUCAUAACCAUUCUUGUAUUUUUCGCUGUGUGUUUUAGGUCAUUAUCCUGUUGGAAGCUUUCUAACACUAGGUAACACAUUUUGGUCCAAAACACCUUGAUAGUUUUAAGAUUUUGUUGUAUUUUGCACAGAUUCAAGACGCCCUGUGCCAGAUGCAGCAAAACCGCCCCAGUAGGGACAGUGUUCUUUUCUUGGUCUGCUUCAUUUUUGCGUCUGUGAACAUAGAGCUGAUGUGUCUUGCCAAAGAGCUCCAGUUUUGUCUCAUCAUCAACAUUCUCCCAGAAGCUUUGUGGUUUGUCAAUUUGCAUUGUGUCAAAUUCCAGUCUCAUUUUUUUAUGAUUUUCUCUCAGCAGUGGUGUCCUCACAUGAAGUCCACUUUGGUUCAAACACUGAUGGAUGGUGUGAUCUGACACUCAUGUACUUUGCCCUUCAAGUUCACAUUUAAUUUAUUUGGAGGUUGUUCUGGGCUCUUUGAUUCCAUUUGUAUGAUCCAUCUCUUCUUCUCUUUCUCUGCUCCAUGUUCAGUGUUGUGUCCAUCAUGUCUCCAAACAGCACAAUGAUACAUGUCGCCCUUUAAACAGACACACUGACUGAGGACAAGUUUGAAGAACCUGUGAGGCAGAUUAGAGACACCGAAGUUUAACAUGUCCCUAUUGUCCAAGUAUUUACAGUCUUUUCUAGAGGUACCAUCAUUUUUGUCCAGGCCAGUUUCAUUACUUUGUUUUUUUAAAUUAUUCUAUUGAACAACAAUUCAAAAACAGUGUCUGAUUUUCAUUGGUUAUUUGUCAGGAAAUUUGUAUUUAUUAUUUCUUUUCUCAGUUUCAAGUUAUUUCAGUGAAAAUUGUUGAUUUUUCUUUCAUUACCAGAGGGGUACCAACAAUUUUGUCCACAUCUGUAUGUAGCUUACCAUCACUGACAGUGGAAUGAAUGAGUCAUGUCCUAGUUCACCAUUCUGGCGACUAUUUCCUUUUCACAUAUUGUCACAUUCUGACUCUGAUCUCUGUGUCAUAUGUGAUCAGUAAACCUGUCCAAUGAUUGUGCUGCAGAUUAAGAUUAAGGCUUGUGUUUUAAAGAGAAAAUUUGCUAUGAGGAAAAAUACUUUUCAUAUGAAAUCCCAUUAAAUUAUAUAUAAAUUCUACACUAUUGAUUUGAGGUUUGGAAAUAUUUUCUGUAGCAGCAUAUGUUGUCUAUAAAGUACAGUAGUCAUUUUGAUCUUAAUAUGAAGCUAAAUAUAGAAGGAAGUUUUUUCUGUCUCAAAGGACAAAGUAAUUUAAAUCCUGUCACGAUAAUUUGUACCAAAUUUCACAUUCCUGUCACAAAGUUUGUGUGCUCAUGGAGUCGUCAUCUGAAAUGAGACCUAAGCAGGAUCCAUAAUACAUUAGUUCCUGUCUAUCUUGUUUUUUGUCAAUAAAAAAAGAACAGAAGCAA